AUGGUGCGAGCAGAUCCUGCGACCAGUUGUUCCUGGCGUUUUGGCUUCAGCCAAAAAUCCAAGAGAUAUGAGUGUCGCGAUGGGACGAUCUGCAGCAACGAUAACGAAGAUUGCUGUUCAAGCAAUGGAGGUCUGUACCGGUGCCCUUACGAUCUCCCGGUGAUGUGUGACACGGCCACUGACAAUCUCUACACCUGUGCUGCAUCUGUUGAUGAGUGCACAUCACUGGCACUAGGCGGUGCUCGAACUUGUCAAGGUCUGGCAACAGACUCAACGGCCGAUGGAUGUUUUGUAUCAGGAGUCAGCGGGACGACCUUCUCAACCGUGAUGACUGAUGGGACACUCACUGAGUCAAGUGCAGAGGACUGCCAACAUCGUUGUCGCACCACUGGAGGCUGUGCACAUUUCUCGUACUACCCAAGCUCAGCUACAGACAACUGCAAGCUUCAUGAUUCUCUGGCAGUGGAAGGCAAUGAGUCAGGAACUACCUCAGGCCCGCCAACAUGCUUGGCGAGUGUGUCGACCGUGAACAACGCAGAUCCGGAUGUGAUUGGUUUCUUCCGGGUGUACUACCAAUGUACCGACUCGACGGGUGCUCAAGUGGGGCUGUCUCGUCUGGUGGAAGUGGGCUGUGAGGGGCCAAACCCUGAUGGUGUAUAUGGUGGCAACAUUGUGACUUGCGACACAGUUCAGACAGGGCCCGAAAAGACUGCAGACUAUCUGGCAUGCCUCAAGAUUUGUACUGCGAACUCUGUCUGCGAAACCUACGAGUUCUAUGGAGGCAUCUAUGAGGAUGGUGGGAACUGCACCACCUACUCCGGCUGCGAUGGUGUCUAUUCCGAAGACACCGAUAGCAAUCGCCAGGUGGGGUACUGUCAGCGCAUCAACCACUAUCCCAAGAUCUAUGUGACCGCAUCCGCGCGCACCAUGAAUUUGGGGGACACCUCCUGGGUGGAAGGAACUGUUGAAUGCACGGACUAUGAGGAUCCGUAUCCUCCGGAGCCAACCACUGUGACCACCUUCGACCGCGACGUUGCAGGGGAGUAUGUUUUCUACUACACCUGCGAGGACACGAUUGGACAGCAGACCAAGGGCAACCGCACCGUCACCGUGAAGGACAACUGCGAAGAACAUUGCCACCAGAUUGCCCGUUUUGCUGGCUGUUUGGAUCGUUUCUUGAACUCGGAUGACACCGAUUGCCCUAGCUUUCUCCCAACCGCCACGGCCUCAAGCAACAGUCCGACCUAUGUGCCCACCGCGAGCAGCUUGUCCUGCGACAAGGGAGUGCUCACGCCGACGACCUACGAGUGCCAUGCGGUCGCCUCGGCGCCGAUCUACGUCACCUACGAGGCGCAGCGCGGAACACGUGCUGCUUGCGAGGAGAGAAAUGUCGAUUCCAUCGUGGUCGCAUGGUCCAUUGGUGACACCUCGGACUGUGUGUUUCAGAGUUGGCGUUUGCAGUACCUGCUGACCAACUCAUACACCGGCGAAGCAGCCUGGAGCGAGUGGAUUGAGAUGCUCGGAACAGCGACGCCACUGCGAAACGACAGAGACCGUCUUGAAACCAACAGCGAAACGGCUCGAAAGGGGGGCCCAAGAUGUGCUGCAUGGGGUGGUGGUUUGCCACUUGCCGACCAGUCUGGUGAUGAUUCAGUCAUCAGCUGCACCUAUUUCUCAGCAUAG